ACGUCACGUUUGUCCGUUAGCACUUAAACUCGAGCGGUGCCACUCCGCGAAGAACCAAAGUGGGCUAAAGCGUAUCUGGUUCCUUAGUUAUUAAGUCAUCCAGUUGAUUAGGUCCGCUUCAAGGAACUUCAAGUGGAGGAAGCAUGGAUGGAACACUGCAGGUUAGCCAGCAGGCGGCUGCUUCCUUCAAAGCUUUCCUCAUGAAGAGCAGCAGCAAAAGCAACUUAAACCUAUACGACCACCUGUCCCGGCUGCUGAUGCGAGUGAUCGAAGAGCGUCCACAUGAUGUGGUGGACGUAAUCGAAGACCUGAGCCAUGACGUCAAGCUGCGAAUGUACGAGGAUACGCAGAGCAACCUCCAAGACCUCCAGCAGACCACUGCCGCAGAGGAACUGGCCGAGCAGCAGCGAGUUCUGUUUGUCCGACCUGAGGACGCCGAACAUGAAUACGAACUGAUGGAAUCUUCUCUCCCUAAUGUGAGUGAGAUCGCUUACUUCUUGGAGCAGGCUGGAGUGGGUUUGGGCCGGGAGGAGAUGCAGAGGGUCUUCCUGGCCCUCAAGCAGCUGGUGGCGUCCAAUCCCAUGCAGCGCUGCCGGCUGUGGGGCAAGAUUCUUGGCACAGAGAAGAACUAUAUCAUCGCUGAGGCCGAGUUUGAGGGAGAGGAAGAGGAUGAGGAAGCGGAGGAAGCUGCUGAAGAUGAGUCCAGGGAGAUCGACCCCAAGGAUAAAGAGAACGAGAUGGAUCCACUUCCUCAGUCUACCUACAAACCACCCCCCGUGGUACCCAAGGAGCCCAAAGGAACGGGUGCUAACAAGUUUGUCUACUAUGUGUGCAACGAGCCCGGCCUGCCUUGGUCCAAGCUGCCUUCGGUCACACCCGCACAGAUCACCAUAGCUCGGCAAAUUCGCAAAUUCUUCACUGGGAGGCUGGACAAUCCCAUUGUGAGCUACCCGCCGUUCCCUGGGAAUGAAGCCAACUACCUGAGAGCGCAGCUCGCUCGCAUCUCGGCCGGCACUCAGAUCAGCCCGCAAGGCUUCUACCAGGCCAUUGAGGAGGAAGGGGUCGAGGAGGAAGGAGCUUCCGAGGACGGAAUUGAAGAGAAUCCAGAAUUUGAGGGCGUUCCAGUCAGCGAGUUGGUGGAGUCUUUGUCCUCUUGGGUGCAUCACACUCAACACAUCCUGCAGCAGGGCCGUUGCACCUGGGUGAACCUGGCGGUGAAAACAGAAGAUGAGGAAAAUGAGGAUGAUGAGGAGAUAGAAGAGGACCCUGAUGAGCCCGAGCCCGAGGUCGGACCCCCUCUGCUAACACCCCUCUCACAGGAUGCAGAAAUAUUCGACACUCCUCCAUGGAGCUCUAGCCUGUCUUCCACGCUCACCGCCCAGCAUGCCAUAGCUGUCAUGCGCUCCAACUGCUGGCCUGGAGCGUGUGCAUAUGCUCAUGGAAAGAAGUUUGAGAACAUUUAUGUCGGCUGGGGGCUGAAGUAUCCAGGGGAUGGCUAUAGCCCUCUUCUACCCCCACCACCUCAGAACGAGUACCCCAGUGCGCCUGAGAUCACAGAGGAUGUGGACCCCACUGUGGAGGAGGAGCAGGCGCUGCAAGACGCUUUGGACGAGAAACAGGCCGCAGAGGAGGCAGAAGAAGGAGACUCGGAUGAGGAACAGGAUGAAGACGAUGAUUAAAUUCAAAUAAAUGUAAUAAUUGAAGAUAAAUAUGAUCUGAAAGUGGUGCUCAAUUUUACACAUGCAAAUAUAUGUUAUGUCAGGCUCUAUGACUUUUUUCCCCAAAAUAAUC